AUCACCAACUCGUUGAUUUUUGAUCCUUGAACGCCAAAAAAAAGUACUCGGAGAAAGCAUACUGCAGUUCUACUCUCACGUUUAUAAGACCGAUGGUUCUUCUGAAGGCUGUUUCCCAGCACAACGUCUUCUACCUCCCAAUAUUUCAUUCUUUCGGAUACAGAAAAAGUUAGGGUUUUGUUUAUCUCAAAAUCGCCACUGAAUUUAAAGUUGCCUACUCGGUUUGAUUUGACUGGAAGUCCGAGCUCAAAUGGCCUGUGUAUAUAUUCCGGUGCAGAACUCGGAGGAGGAGGUACUAGUCGCCCUGGACCAGCUUCCAAGAGACGCUUCUGAUAUACUCGACAUUCUUAAAGCCGAGCAAGCUCCUCUUGAUCUCUGGCUAAUUAUCGCUAGGGAGUAUUUCAAACAAGGCAAAAUUGAACAGUUUCGGCAAAUAUUGGAGGAGGGAUCUAGUCCAGACAUUGAUGAAUAUUAUGCGGAUGUGAGGUAUGAUAGAAUUGCUAUUCUAAAUGCAUUGGGGGCAUAUUAUAGCUAUCUUGGGAAGAUCGAGACAAAACAUAGAGAGAAGGAGGAUCACUUUAUAAUGGCAACUCAGUACUAUAAUAAGGCGUCAAGGAUUGACAUGCACGAGCCUUCUACCUGGGUUGGGAAAGGUCAGCUUUUACUGGCCAAAGGAGAUCUAGAACAGGCAUUUGCUGCCUUCAAGAUUGUACUGGAUGGAGAUCGAGAUAAUGUGCCUGCUCUUCUUGGUCAGGCAUGUGUUCAGUUUAGCCGGGGACGAUAUUCUGAUUCAUUGGAGUUAUAUAAGAGGGCCUUGCAAGUGUACCCUCAAUGUCCUGCUGCUGUAAGACUUGGAAUUGGUCUUUGCCGAUAUAAAUUGGGUCAACUUGUGAAGGCAAAGCAAGCAUUUCAGCGUGUCUUGGAGUUAGAUCCAGAAAAUGUGGAAGCUCUUGUUGCACUUGCUAUUCUGGAUUUGCAAACUAAUGAAGCUGGUGGCAUUAGGGGAGGAAUGGAAAAGAUGCAAAAAGCUUUCGAGAUAUAUCCUUAUUGCGCAAUGUCACUAAACUACUUAGCCAAUCAUUUUUUCUUUACUGGUCAACAUUUUCUGGUUGAGCAACUUACUGAAACUGCACUUGCUGUUACUAAUCAUGGGCCGACUAAGUCACAUUCUUACUACAAUUUGGCGCGCUCAUAUCAUAGCAAGGGAGACUAUGAAAAAGCUGGAAUGUACUAUAUGGCAUCUGUAAAAGAAAUCAAUAAGCCACAAGAAUUUGUAUUGCCCUAUUACGGGCUGGGACAAGUUCAACUGAAAUUGGGAGAUCUUAGGAGUUCACUGUCAAAUUUUGAAAAGGUCUUGGAGGUUUAUCCUGAGAAUUGUGAGACACUAAAAUCUCUUGCCCACAUUUAUGUGCAACUUGGGCAACCAGAGAAGGCUUUGGAGUAUUUGAGGAAAGCCACCAAAGUUGAUCCUCGUGACCCUCAGGCAUUUCUGGAUCUUGGUGAACUUUUAAUUUCAACGGAUGCAGGUGCUGCUUUAGAUGCCUUUAAAACAGCACGUAAUUUAUUGAAAAGGGCAAAUGAAGAAGUACCUAUUGAGCUGCUGAAUAACAUUGGAGUCCUUCAUUUUGAAAGGGGAGAAUUUGAGCUUGCUGGACAAACUUUCAGGGAUGCUUUAGGUGAUGGCAUAUGGUCUAAGUUCCUUGAUGCAAAACUGCAAUCUGAUGCUAAUGGGAAAGCUCCAAAUGAUGAAGUACUUCAGCAUUCCAAUGGUGAAGGACCAUGUGAACUUUUCAAAACUGUGCAAUAUCCAAUGGAUGCCAGUGCAUCCAUCCGUCAAUACAAAGACUUCCAAUUGUUUAGGAGACUUGAGGAACAGGGUAUUGCUGUAGAACUUCCUUGGAAUAAAGUUUCCCCACUGUUUAACCAGGCAAGAUUGCUGGAACAGUUAUAUGACACAGAAACUGCCAGUAUCUUUUACCGCCUGAUCUUGUUUAAGUAUCCAGACUAUGUAGAUGCUUAUUUGAGACUUGCUGCAAUAGCCAAAGCGCGGAAUAAUGUUCAGCUGAGCAUUGAGCUGAUUGGUGAUGCUCUCAAAGUGGAUGAUAAGUGCCCAAAUGCAUUAUUAAUGCUUGGGGACCUGGAAAUUAAGAAUGAUGAUUGGGUCAAGGCAAAAGAAACAUUCCGAGCAGGCAAGGAAGUGAUUGAUGGAAAUGAAUCUUAUGCUACUCUUUGUCUGGGAAAUUGGAACUACUUCGCUGCAAUUCGCAAUGAGAAAAGAAAUCCUAAAUUGGAAGCUACACAUCUGGAGAAGGCUAAGGAGCUCUAUACAAAAGUUCUCUUUCAGCAUAACUCUAAUCUAUAUGCAGCAAAUGGUGCUGGUGUUAUUUUGGCAGAAAAAGGUCAAUUUGAUAUUUCAAAGGAUCUUUUCACCCAGGUUCAAGAAGCUGCAAGCGGAAAUGUUUUUGUCCAAAUGCCAGAUGUAUGGAUUAAUCUUGCACAUGUUCACUUUGCCCAAGGAAAUUUUGCACUUGCAGUGAAAAUGUAUCAAAAUUGCUUGCGGAAAUUCUAUCACAAUACCGACAGCCAGGUGCUUCUCUAUUUAGCCAGAACACAUUAUGAAGCUGAGCAGUGGCAGGACUGCAAAAAGACUCUGUUAAGAGCCAUCCACUUGUCACCUUCAAAUUACACAUUAAGAUUUGAUGCGGGUGUAGCAUUGCAAAAGUUCUCUGCCUCAACCUUACAGAAGACAAAGAGGACUGUUGAUGAGGUGAGGUCAACAGUUGCAGAGCUUAAGAAUGCAGUUCGUUUAUUCAGCAUGUUAUCUACUGCUUCUAAUCUUCACAUGCAUGGAUUUGAUGAGAAAAAGAUUGAAACUCAUGUUGAAUACUGCAAGCACUUACUCGAGGCAGCCAAAGUCCAUUGUGAGGCAGCUGAGCGUGAAGACCAACAAAUUAAGCAGAGACUGGAGCUUGCUCGUCAGGUUAUAUUGGCUGAGGAAAAUCAAAGAAAAGCUGAGGAACAGAAAAAAUAUCAAAUGGAGAGACGGAAACAGGAGGAUGAACUUAAGCAAGUGAUGCAACAAGAAGAACAUCUGUUGCGCAAAAAGGAACAAUGGAAAAGUAGCACUUCUGCCUCUAAGCGAAAGGAUAGACCACAUGCUGAGGAUGAAGAGGGGGGCAAUGGUGAUCGGAGGAGGAGAAAGGGUGGGAAACGCAGAAAGAGGGACAAAAAAUCACGCUUUGAUUCUGAAGAAGCAGAUAUGGAUGAUCAAGAAGAAAUAGAUGAAGAUGGCAAUAUGAAUUACAGGGAUCAUGAUCACGAUGAUCAAGCAGAGAACAAUCCACAGGAUCUUCUUGCAGCAGCUGGGCUUGAAGAUUCUGAUGCUGAGAAUGAUGGGCCUGAACCUCCAUCAAAUGUGAAUCGACGGAGGCAUGCCUGGUCUUCAGAUGAGGAAGAUGAUCCGUUGCAGAGGCAGGGUAGUGACAGAGGAGGUGAUGGUGAAAAGCCAAACGAUGCUGAUGAGUAAGAUCAAAUUCUGAAAGAAUCUGAGGUUGGUGAUAACUAGUCCAUUUGUUUGGGCCAAAAUCUGCACAAGCAUGAUUAGGGAAAAUUAUAGCAUGGAUCAGGUCUACCUUGCAUUGUGGACCUUGGUUCAAAAAUAACCUUCAAAUUCAGUAUCUGUAGUUGACACAUUUUGUACUUGCAAACAUAACUUGUUAACCAACAUCUUAUGUGUCCGCAGUUAACAUAUUCUAUACCUGCAGUUGACAAUUAUGUGAUUGUAGUUAUCAUGCUAUGUGCUUU